CAUUAGGAACGCCACACAACACGCUACCUGGAACAGCUUCAGUGGAAAACUAAAGACUCAUAAAAUGCAGAAAACACUAUUAGUAGCUCUACUAGUGGCAGUAGUCUUAGUCGUCGGUGUUACCUCACAGGACAGCAUGUUAGCCCCUCCAGAUCGGCCAACCGAAUUCAGGAGCCCAAACGAGCUAAGACGCUACCUGAAAGCGCUUAACGAAUACUACGCCAUUGUCGGAAGACCACGAUUUGGACGAAGCAUUAGCAAAAGAAUGGCAGAGAUGGCCGCCGCUGCUCAGGGAGAUGCCGACAUAACUGAAUAGGCUCAGAUUACGUGGAUAGUGAUAGGCUGGCUCUCUUCAGACGGUUUUGGUGAGCAGUCAUGAAGCUGGUGAACAGUGGCGUCGGCGUAGCGUAGCGGGGAUGAAGUCGCAGUCUUGUCAUCACAUCACACACGUGCAAGCGUUUCUCAACUCACACGACCGAAGAGGCACUACGUUUUACAUUCAUGGACACUUCAAUAAAAUUUUAAUUAUUUGUUUUAAA